AUGGCCUUGACGGUCUAUACUUCCAGCGGCCUCUUCGUGACCUGUGAUUCGCGACAGCAGCCGCUCGCGAUUGCAUUUGCCUGUGAGUGCACGAAGUCCAGCAUGCGUUGCUUCGUUCUCUUCGCCAUGAUCGUGUCGCUGCUGAUUGCACUCCGGCAAAUUGCCCGGCAGAGGAUCUACUACGAGAUGCUUCGUCGCGGAGCCUUGCUGGACUUUGAGACUGUCACCCCCUUCCACGAUCCACUGUUUUUGCUUCUGACCUUCUGCCUGCUCAUCUCCCUGACCCACAUACUUGUGGCAGCGUGGCAGUACCACGAGGACGACAAGUCCGUAGACCAGUUCCUGGUCUUCGUGAAAGCAGUGGUGGUGAAGUAUGUGGCGCAUUCUUGCGUCUUCCUGGCCUUCCUGUUUUCAGCGUACGACACAGAAAACCAGCUCUUACCCCUCAGCAAGUAUGUGGAGGAAGACCCGGUUGCGGCAAGGCUCCUCCUGUCGCAGAUGGCCAUCGUCCUCGAGGCGUCUGCUGCUGAGGCCGUGGAGCGAGGGCGCCAUAUCCCAGAGGGUGUCGAGACGUGUACCUCCGAGGAAAGUUAUGCCUGCCUCUUAUCUUCUUCGACGCAGGUGCCAUUGCACGUCGACGAGGAAGGCAGCCUGUCUAUGGCCCAACUUCUGCUCGAGAAUGCGCGAGUUGAGAAGUAUGCCAAAUUCGUCGCGGAGAUGUGGCCAGCACGGGCGCUGCUGGACCCCCGGAUCAAGGAUGAGAACAGCCUCAGGUUCAAGCGGGUCUGGUAUGCCGUGAAUGGCUGUGCAAUCCCGCUCACCUUCCUCGUGCUUCUGUUCUUCCUGCGCCAGAGCCUGGACUGA